CCUGGUCUCGAAGCUUACCGGCCCCAUCGCUAUAAACCGGGUGAUUCUCUUCGAAGCAUUUACUCCUCCCUCUGGAUGGUCCCAUCGCCCAUCCCACCAUUCAUACCAACACCCAUACACCACAUUCUAUGGGGACAGUCGACGAGGGAUACAUACUCAAUCAUCACAUGGAAGAGCGACACUAAACACAACAACUACUUUACUUACCCCUGCAUAAGGCCUAUCUCAAGCGAUCACCAUGUCCGGAUAUCUAUACGAAGCGCCAACCCCGUGCCCAUCACGGAUGAACAUCUCAACCUUCAGCGGGAGAAGCUCAUCCGACAGUCUCUGGAACGAGAGUCUAGAGAGCUACGACGAUACCGCGAAUGUGGAAUUCACGACGGAAAUCAAACCCUCCGUGCUCACGGGGGCGAAACCACGACGACGGACGAAGACGAGCGCGUCGUUUAUGAUUCAUGAUGAGCAUGAGAAACCCACCACCACCACCACCACCAUCUCCACCAUCUCCACUGUAUCUAAACCGAAGCGGGAAUCAAGCAUGGUAGCUUCGACCACGAAUCGCAAGUCCUCAUUGCUCGCGCAGCCCGCGCAGCGAUUCCGUCCUAGAGUGAGCUUCGCGCCGAGUCCGGGCAGUGGGUCGCGACAGGAGAGACUCGGUUGCAACAAGACACAGAAGAAUAAUGAGCUUUUGAUGCAGAUUAACGGUCGAGGGGAGCACGUUCAGGUCAAAGACGGGUUGAAGAAGGAUGUGCGCCGGAAGACGGUCUACAUUCCGCAGGAUGAUACGACCGUGGCGAGCGCGUUCAUGGGCCUCUUUAGUCCGUUGAAGUCGGGGAGUUUUGAGAAUUGUAUGGCCGAGGAUACGCAGGUGAAUACGUUAGAGGCGCAGAUUGUCAGGAAGAGACAGGUGAAGCGGUCGCUUGCGUCGUCUGCGCAGCGGGCGCCGUUGCGGCCGAGUGCGAAAGUUGUCCAGGAGGCUUGUGUCCCGGUGGAUGUUGCGGGGAAGAAUGGUGGGAAGGAGAAUAUUCCUCCUGGGUCGGUUUUGGUUGAUGGCAAGAAGGGAUGUCAGUCUUUGAAAGGUAAAGAGGGACAGAAUGAAGAUUUCAAGUCCCAAGUGACAGGCAGCCGAGCUGGCGGGCGUGACACUGCAAGACCUUCGAAGCCUCUGUCAAUGAAAACAAGCAAUGGGGUUCAAAGAAAUGCUGGUCUUGGUGAGAGCCGGAACAUCAAGACACGACCUGGCAAGAUCGAUCAGGACAGUGUGAAGCGGAGUUUGACAAAUAACAAAGCUGCUUCAGUGCAAAGCUCAAAUCCUCCAAGGACAGUGAAACGGCCCACAACAAGCACAAAUGCACCCAAGGCAACCGUUCUCCGAGGAAUUACGAAGAGCAUUGAGAAAGAUUACCCGGUCAUCUCGGACAACAUCAUGGACUCGGCGCUGUAUGAGGACAACUGGCUGUCGCACCAGGAGGUGGCAAUAACACAACUGGUUAAUGAACUGCUUCCAUGCGCAGAUGAGCGGGCACUCGACAAUCAUGCCACGCUUCGACAUGGGCUCAUCAGCUUGUAUCAGGGAGCAUCUUUCACACACCUACACAAGCGACUCCAGGCGUCAUUGCUAUACGGAGUAAUGAGCAUCCCCAAAGAUGUGCUUACGCGGAGUAGCCGUCUUCACCAAGAUCUGGGUAUGAAGCGAAAGUUUUUGGAUAUCUGGGUGCAAACCUACGAUCUGCGCGCAUUGCGAGCCGCAGUGGAAGCCAUCACGGGGAGGAAGAUUCCUAACUCCAAGUUAGCCCAUGGAAGUGAGACCUCAGAUAAGGAAAAGGCAAUGAAGCGAAGGCUGGAAGGGUUUUUGGAUGUCUUCCUUCUCCAAAAUCAGGAUAUGGAUCGUCAUGAAAAAGCCUCUGCCGGAGAAACUGGCGACGCAGCCGCGCGGGCAUACCGGCGAACGGCUCUUCGAAGCAUCAUGAUGGUCAUCCUUUUGGACAAAGCCAGGCUGUGCCCAGAGACAACUGUUCCGCGCCGUCUUUUCUUGCCGUCCUCGCCGCGAAAGUCCUCCGCUGCAGUACUUCAGGCGUUGGGCCGGUUCCUGCUACCAUCAUGCGGAGACAUCAUCAAGGCAUUGAGUCACUUGGACUGUGAAUUGGGUUAUGAGCAGCAUCCAUUGGAAGAAUACGAGUAUCCGAUUAACAACCUGGCCGUGGAUCUUCGAGACGGCGUGAGACUGACGCGAAUCGUGGAGUUGUUACUCUAUCCUUCGACUUCGCCUGGUGAGCUGUCAGAUCUCAACGCGCCGCUUUCCUGCUAUCUGAAAUUUCCCUGCAUGAGCCGCACGGUGAAGCUCUUUAACGUACAAGUUGCCCUGGAUGCGUUGGCUUCGGUGGAAGGAACUCGGAAGCUUAUCGGGGAUGUCCGCGCAGAAGACAUUGUUGAUGGACACCGCGAAAAGACCAUUGCGUUGCUGUGGAAGCUGAUCAGCACAUGGGGUCUCGCGGGGCUUGUGGAUUGGGGAGAUGUCAGAAAAGAGAUUGAGAGACUGAAGCAAAAGGCAGCUUCUCAGGUCGGAUACGAGAACUUCCAGGACGAAAUUUGGGUCCACCAUCUGAACGAGACUGACGACGAACCAACGCUGCUGCUCAAGCAAUGGGCGUCUGUGUUGGCGCAUCUAAAAGGGCUACGACUCGACAAUUUCAGCACGAGCUUUAGCGACGGCAAGAUCUACGAAAGCAUUGUCGACGAAUAUGAGGGCUAUGUACUUCGUCCCGAGGACCUUAGCAACAGAUCAGCAUCUUUGGAGUCUCGUCUUCGAGCCCUAGGAUGCAGUGCACAGUUUGCACAACUCGUGUCACCCGCCUCAAAGACUCAUAUCGUCGAUAGCAACUUUACUAUCGGGGCACUCGCCUUUCUCUGUUCGCGACUGCUCUCGGCCACGCAGCGCACUCGAGCCGCGACAGUGCUGCAAACUGCAUGGCGACGCAUCCUUCUGCGUCGGGAUCAGCAGCGCCGCGCCGUCGCGAAGGAUCUAGCCAGGCAGUGCGCAGCCGUCGUGCAGACACGAGACCGGAUGCUCUGGGCCCAGGGAGUGAUUGUGCGGUGGUGGAAGUCCAGCGGCGUCGCCGACGGGCAGCUACGAAGGGUGUCCGACGAUAUGAUAGAUUCCUAUGAUUAGGGGCGGUGCAUAAUGUUUCAUAUGGAUGACGCGAGAUAAUUGCUUCAUUGGUACUAGACAAUUACAUAGCCAGUCC